AUGAGGAAUGAGGGGUGGGAAGACCUUAUAUCUAGGGUUGUGACAAUUUGCACUAAACAUGAGAUUGAUGUACCUGAUAUGGAUGCACCAUAUAUGGAAGGAAAGAAACCUAGGCGAGUCCCUCCGGUUUCUAGUGUUUCUAAUUUGCAUCAUUAUAAGAAUGAUUGUUUGUUUAGUGUUUUAGAUUUGCAAUUGCAAGAGCUUAAUGCUAGGUUUGAUGAAGAGAAUACCAAACUUUUACAAUGUGUUUCAUGUUUGAGUCCUGCAAAGUCAUUUUCUGCUUUUGAUGUGAACAAAUUAUUGAGGAUGGCUGAGCUUUAUCCAAAUGAUUUUGUAGAUGUGUCGGAAGUGGAGUUGCGCAGACAACUUCAUAAUUAUGUUAGAAAUGUUAAAUCUGAUCCAAAAUUUGCAAAGUUGAAAGGGCUUUCGAAUCUUUUUGAAAGGGCUUCCGAUCUUUGUGCAAUACUUGUGGAAACAAAUAAGUGCAAGACAUUUGCUUUGGUUUUUAAGCUUUUGAAGUUGGCUUUGCUCUUGCCGGUUGCAACUGCAAGUGUUGAACGUGUUUUUUCAGCUAUGAAGAUUGUGAAGAGUCAUUUACGUAAUAAAAUGGGUGAUCAAUGGUUAAAUGAUCGGCUUGUAACUUUUAUUGAAAGAGAUGUUCUUUUCACAAUUAGUACUGAUGUUAUUCUAGCUCAUUUUCAACAAAUUGAUGGCAGACGAUUUUCAUUGUAA